AUGGAGUUAUCCACAUCUAGCGUUGUUUCCGAAUCAGGUGCCACUUCAGAAUCAAGCGAAGUUGCGAAACUUUCUGGUUCGACAUCUUCGUUGUCUGUAGGAUUGAAAACUGCUGAGACAGUUAAAGGACGAACUUCAAAGUUACCCGGUCUCAAACGUUCUCCUCUAGCUAGUUCUACUUCAUCUGUGAAGGAUAAGGCUAGUGUACCUGCCUCAGCUGGUAGACUUCCAUCAGAAAUUAAAAAGACAUCACAAGAAAAAGCUGAAGUCAAAGAAGCAUUUGAUCGUUAUCGUGAAGAAGUAACUGAAAUGGUUGAAAAUAUAGAAAUGGCCACUUUGGAUAAAGAAAUGGCAGAAGAAAAACUAGAAACAUUGACUGCAGAAAUUGAAUUACUUAAGGAACAAGUAGAAGAAUUAACUCUUGAGAAUCAAAUCUUGAAAGAAGAAUCUGAAGAAAAAGGUGGAGUAGCAGUCGGUGUUGAAGGCGGUCCAACUCCCUUACAGUUUAAAAAUCUUGAACAACAAAAUGAACGAAUGAAAGAAGCACUGGUCAAGCUACGUGAUUUAGUUAAUCAAGAUAAAUCGGAAAUCUCAGCUUUAACUAAACAGAUUACAUCUUUAGAAUCGGAGGUUAGUCAACUGCAAACAGAAAAAGAACGAUUAACAAAAGAUAUUAAAGAUAGUGUUGAACAAAUUAUUGAAUUAAAAGAACAAGUGGAUGCUUCCCUUGGCAUUGAUACAAUGGUCAGUCAGUUGACACAACGUAAUUUAGAACUGGAAGAAGCGCUUGAGAAAAUUAAAGAAGAAAGAAAUGAUCUGGAAGCUCUUUGUGAAAUGAAUGAUGAAUUACAAGAGAAUAGUCGUGAAACAGAACUUGAACUACGCGAAGAAAUUGAACGAUCCCAUAGUAAAAUUAAUCAACUUGUACGUAAUUUAGAUGCAACACGUGAAACAAUUGCAGACUAUGAACAAACUUUUGUUAAAUUUAGAGAUUUAGUCUCUGAUUUACAAACACAAAAUACCGAUCUGCGUAGGUCAUUAGCGGAUGGAAAAUGCUUACAAGAAGAAAAACAGCAACAAAAUGCCUAUGCUACAGUUGCAACAGAUCUUGUCGGUUCUACAGCUGCAUUUAUGGGGGGUAAAUUUGGACUAGGCUCUCAAGUACAAACUCUUGCUAAAGUAAUUGAAGCUGAAUUAAGACGCCUUGAAGCAGAACAAACUGCAAAUCAUGUGACGCGGUUAUCUGCUUUCUUACCUGACUCAUUUCUCCGACGUGGUGGUGAUAAUGAGGCAUUACUUUCACUUUUGUUAAUCGAUCGACUAGCUGGGAAAUGCGAUCUGCUGGCUAAUCAUCUUGUUGAACGUUAUCCAUUGCCUCCUUGUGUUCCGGGUCAAGCACCGCUACAGAUGCCUCAAGGUGAAACCAGUACUACUACUACUGGUACUACUGACAAUCCAACUGAAGUUGUCAGCGGAAUUUGUAUUCCUGGUACUGAUAAUCCACUGCCACCAUUGACCAAAACAAAAUCAGAAUUCUUUAGUUUUAUAACUAGACUAAUUCAUCUACUCCGGUCAAUGUCUUCUUUGUUAGGCCAGUGUAAACAGGAAUAUGAACAAACCCUUGAUGCACUUCAAGCAGAUAUUGAAGCUUUAGAGCAGGAGAAAGCAGAACUUAAAGAGAAAUUGAAGACUUUAAGUAAAAAAGCCUUAUUCGAAGGAAUCAUUAAAACUCCAUUGGUCACUGGUCAAACUCCAUCUAAGGGUCAGGCUGCUACACCUGAGACUCCUUCAGUUGGUAAACAAACUUCUGUUGAGGGUGCAUCACCUUCACCUGGUCCUGCACGUCUAGCUGCCUACAGAGAUGCUUCAUUCAUGUCAAUGGAGAUUGCAGCCCUUCGCGAAGCUGUCCGACGUUUGUCUUCUGAGGUAUCUAAGCUACGUGGUGAAAAGAUGUUUAAUCAAAUGAAAAGUCUUGGAACUUUGCCAAAACCAGUACGUCGUCAAUAUCUCAAAGCUGUUGAUAAUAAUACCGCGAAUAAUGAAUCUCAACCAUCAUCCACUACAGAAGAAAAAGAAGAUGAAGUAGAAAAAGAACAAAAGCCUAUGAUAUCACAGGUGGCACGUGAGGCUGAUGCACUUCGAAAAGAAAUGUUUUCUGUUAUAGCUAAUCUUCAAAUAGUUCGAUUGCCUAAGCCGUCGAAACCAAUUGAAGAGCCUCCUUCAGGCGCCGGUGAUGGAUCCACACAACAACAACAGUCGGCUAAAGCCAUCGUGCCUACGCCUACAAUGCAAUUCAAUAGACAGACUGCACAAUUAGUGAAAUUGAAAAAUGAUUUAGAAAAGUUACAACAGCGUGCAGUUGAAGCUAUCAAGACAGAAAUUCCAGGUGCAUCAAUUCAAGCCGAUUUUACAUCCUUCCCAUCAGUAAAAUUAAAACGUCUAUUUAAUGCUGAAAAUAAGGAAAAUCUUCCGCUACGUUCUCGUUUAGUAUUCCCUGGUGGAGAUGAUUGUAAAAUGAAUCCAACAAAAGUUUGCAUGACUAGAGAAGAUCAACAGAUUCUACAUUCACAUUUACUUAAAUAAAUGCCUGUUGUUUUAUCAUUUGUUGUUGUGUUUUUUUUUGCGGGGGGUUAAAGUUUACUUACCAGUCAAUCCUGAAGAUAUUUUUUACUUCCUACUUAUCAUUAAUACUUUUAUUUACAAUGACUAUUAUACGCGCAUACAUACUUCUACACAUAAUAUAUUAUAAACUUGUAUUUCAUGUAAUGGUGUAUGGUGUUGUAGUGUUUAUGACAAUGUAAUCUCCUUUAUUAAUAUCUUGACUAAGAAGACGUCUUUUACUUUCUUUUCAUUCGUCGACGUCAUUUUUAAAUGCCAAGAGUUUCCCUUUUUUUCAUGGUUUCAUGGUUCUCCUACGAUUAACUGUGUUAAUUAAUAAUAAUAAUUUUUCUCUCCAAUUUAGUGUGGAAAAUACGGCAAAACAUCGCCAUUUCACUCCGUUCCCUACAGUCUUUUCUAACUGGCUCCACAAUCGCCUAUAUAAGCUCUUACCUCAACUACACACGAUCUCCAUAACAAGUCACUCUUGGAGGCCCGAAUCGUCUUUUGCCAUCCGAGUUUCACUCGAGGGUAUGCCUGGCGCGUGAUAUCACUCCAUUGUCUCUUCAGUGUAUGUUCAAUAUAUUUCCAUUUUCUCCUACUUAUUGGUGGGGUAGUAGGUUCUUGGUUGGUUCGUUGCCACAGACCCAUGUUGUUUAUACACUUUCUGGCCAUCUGAUAUCCAAUAACGACAGGUAACCAUUGAUAAAAAUAUGACGCUCCAAUUCUCUGAACCAUGUAGAAUCACUCAGUGUGGGCAUUAAUGUUGUUAAUUCACAUGUCAUUCCUCGCGCUGAGUGCAGGAAAUUUCCACAAUGUAAUAUCAGAGUAAUGAAGGUGUGUCUUGCUUUUUCGAUUCUGUCCUUGAUAUCUUCAUCUGUGCCGACGCGUGUGUUUGAAACGACACCGCCUAGAUAGAUGAAAGAGGUGACUUCCUUCAGAGAUCUCUCAUUGAUGGUAAUUCAUGCUUGUUAUUGGUUAGGUGUCUUUAUAACCUGUCUUCUCUAUGUUCACAUGAAGUUUUGACUUCUUUGCCACUUCUGGCAACUUGUUGGUCUUCACCUUUAAAUUGUCGAAUUUGUGUAACACAAACAUACAUCAUCCUAAGAGUCCAAAUCUUCUAGUGUCUUUACCUCGGUUCACAAAUUAAAAUAACGAAAAGGAUUUCCAACAGGUUGCAGACUUUCACCAACAGCUGCCUUCGUUCCAUACUGAAGGUCAAAUGACCAGAAAGAAUAAACAACAAGAAACUAUGGGAACAAACCAACCAAGAGUUGAUCACUCAACAAAUAUGUAGGAGAAAGUGGAGAUGGAUCGGGCAUACAUUGACGAGGCCGCUGAAUGACAUCGCACGCCAGGCUCAGUGCUCGAUCGGAAUCCAAAUGGGAAGUGACGAGUGGGUCGUCCUAGGGUGAUAUGGAGGAAGACGAGAUGAGUGAGUAUGGUCAACCGUAGACCCAGCUGAAGAUGACAGCAGAAAACAGAAUAAAGUGAAGAUGUGUUUUUGAAGCCCUAUGUUCCACUCGGAACGCGAGGGAAUAAUAAUAACCUGAUGACUACUAGCAUAUCUGUCUGUCCCAUUAGUGUAUUAGUCAAAGCCUAUCGAUCAUUUUCGCAAGUGAUUAUUUAAUUUAGAAGAAUAUUGAUGGCGGGAUUAUUUGCGACAAACUACCAGGUUUAAUGAAAAUCAUGAGUGCAGGCUGCUUGCACAAAUAUAAUACCAUAACAAUUCUAAUUCUAUGUACGCAACACACAUCCGUCAUAUUGAAACGGUAGGAGAGGAAAAACUUAGUAUCUCUAUAUGGCCGAAUUAUGUACACCUGAUCUUCAACGCACCAUCUGUACAGAUCUUCCGUGUUGUACCACUACUCGCCUUCAUAUUGUGUUUCUUUGUGUUCUUUUCACGUUCCCCAUGUAUCUAGGCAACGCUGUAUCAUUUGCUUUCUCUGACAUCGAAUCUCCCUGCUGUCCGAUGUUUUUAUGCCGAUGAACCUCUAUUUAUAUACUACUGGUAAAUCUUAUCAGUAGCACACGCCACAAUCUAUAAUGAUAUGUUAAUUUUUUUCACACUAAAUGGCUUAGAUUUUCAUUAAAGGUAUUUUAAUAUGGCAAUGAUAGCCUUUUAAUGUGCUAGUGAAUUCAUCAAACUAAUUUCUAUGAUGUUCUCUUUGUGAGAUUGUUAUUUUUACCGAGAAGAGUAUCUAUUCAAAAAAGAUCCUCCUCCAUGUUACAUAUAAAGGUAAUAUUGUAUGAAGAUAAUAUAAACGAAUGAAGAGGAUAUAUAUAUAUAUCCUUCCAUAUACACGUAGAGUUGAAAAUUGCACCAUAGAAUUAAUUAUAAUCCGGAAAUAAUUAAGAAUCGAAUGAAUAUUUAAGUGUUGGUUUGUGGGGAUUCGAUCGGUUACAGGUUUUCAUCAUGAGUUGACAUCGGUUAGAGAGCCAUUGGAAAACCUGCAGGGAGUGCUGGACAAUACUUUCAUCCUAGUUUGAAAUUCUUCAUCAGUAUGCAGCCACCACAGAGGUUCGAAUCCAGAACCUUCCUGUCACAAGGUGAGCUUGCAGAUCACUAAACCAAUGGGAACCGAUCCAAUGGCCAACACUUUAAUUCCAAAUCCUACCGACUCAUGAUAUAGGACGACCACCAGCCAAUGUCAUCACUGGCGAGUAUUUGUCCUCACACCCAACCUGUUUUACCUCCUCACUGGUCACUACUUCUCACUAGAACCCAUGUAACUAUCCCCCCCCCCUCUGAAUAGCUCCAGUCGCUACUGAACAUCAGAUUGAUUUUCAAGUGUUGGUUUGCGGGGAUUUAAUUGGUAACUGGACUUCAUUUUCAGAAAAUUGCAUAGUCGAAGUUAAUCAGCUUAUCGAUGAAAUAUAUUCAUGAAUGAGUAUUAAGGGUUAGAAAACACUAAAUAAACAUUUAUCAAUACAAAACAUAGUAUCACUCAGUGAAGAUAUUUAUUAUUCGUCUGAGCUCAAUGGAGUAAGUGCUUUAAAUUAGCUCUAAACUGUUUAUUUUCUUGGGAUAUUUUUUCUAUGUAUACAUAUGACGCGUGUUCUUGACUAAAAAUUUCUAUGUAGUAUAUUGUAUGACCUCUUCUGUGUGAGUCUUGAGAGAGAGAAGCGAUGGAUUAAUUUGCAAACACGAGGAAUGAAGCUAAAAUUGUUAGACAGCGUAGAAAUCAUGACAUAGUGAGAAGAGAAGCAGAAAACGGUUCCUUUAGUCAAAAGCUUCAUGCAAAUAUUCGUAACAGUUAAUAGUAAUGGCAAUUUCGUCAAACCCAAGCUAUUUUCUGGUCAGUCGAAAAAUUUACUCAGUACAAAUGAAGGAAGAAACACCAGUUACAAAUGAUAGAAACAGAGUUUACGUAGAUACUUAUAACUCGCAACUGCUGGUGAAACUUCGAAGUUCGAGGACCUAUGUUCCGCUCGGAAUGCAAGAGAAUGACGCUUAAAUGAUGACUUUCAAAUCAAUAAACCUGAAACGUGUAGGUUCUAAUCCGUGUUGUGCAUAAAUAUAGCUAUUGUUCAAGAGGUGCAAGCUAAAGCGAAACGUUGGUGUGGUAAAACAACAUUUUUACUACGUUGUUAGCUACUGGUGGUUCGUAAUAAAUGCUGACUUAGAAUUAAUAAAUUCCAUACAAGGCGUCCAAGCAGUUGGUUAAAUACGACUUUUAAAUUCACUGUGAUUGAUCACAAACUAAAUUGAUUUAGAGAAGCGUUGAAAAUCAAAGAACAUCUCUCUCCUCUCUUUUGGGGGACACUUAGUAGUGUGUAGUGACCCGUUUUAUUACUCAUCAUCUCAGUAUACUUUCACUAUGUAAUUGGACUUUGAUUUGUUUAUCACUCUAAACAUUGCGUGUUAACAAUUGAUACUUUUGUACUCGCUCGACUUUUGAAUUUUGAUUGCUGCAAUA